AUGGAGAGAGCUGGGGUACAACUGUCGCUGCUACUGCUGUUGGGCCUCAGGCUCCAGCUGACCCUCAGCAUCAUCCCAGUGGAAGAGGAGAACCCAGCCUUCUGGAACCAAAAGGCAGCUGAGGCCCUGGCGGCCGCUAAGAAGCUGGAGCCAAUUCAGACCUCGGCCAAGAACCUCAUCCUCUUCCUGGGAGAUGGGAUGGGGGUGCCCACAGUGACAGCCACCAGGAUCCUGAAGGGCCAGAUGCAGGGCCAGCUGGGGCCAGAGACCCCUCUGGCUAUGGACCGGUUCCCGUACAUGGCCCUGUCCAAGACGUACAACGUGGACAGACAGGUGCCGGACAGUGCGGGCACAGCCACUGCCUACCUGUGUGGGGUCAAGGCCAACUACAAGACCAUUGGCCUGAGUGCAGCUGCCCGUGUUGACCAGUGCAGCACAGAGAAGGGCAACGAGGUCCUCUCUGUGAUGUACCAGGCCAAGAAAGCAGGGAAGUCUGUUGGCAUAGUGACCACCACCAGGGUCCAGCACGCCUCGCCAGCUGGCACAUAUGCACACACUGUGAACCGGAACUGGUACUCAGAUGCCAACAUGCCCACCUCCGCACUCCAAGAGGGCUGCCGGGACAUCGCCACGCAGCUCGUCUCCAACAUGGACAUUGAUGUAAUCCUUGGUGGGGGUCGCAGGUUCAUGUUCCCCAGAGGAACCCCAGACCCCGAGUACCCAGAUGAUGCCAGCCAGGCAGGAAUCAGGCUGGAUGAGAAGAACCUUGUGCAGGAGUGGCUGGCAAAGCACCAGGGGUCUCGGUAUGUGUGGAACCGCACAGAGCUCAUGCGGGCAUCUCAGGAUCCAUCGGUGACACAUCUCAUGGGCCUCUUUGAGCCCUCAGAGAUGAAAUAUGAUUUCUACCGAGACCCUGACCUGGACCCCUCCCUAGCAGAGAUGACAGAGGUGGCCGUGCGUUUGCUGAGCAGGAACUCCCUUGGCUUCUACCUCUUUGUGGAAGGGGGCCGCAUCGACCAAGGUCACCAUGAGGGCAGGGCUCAUCUUGCGCUAACUGACGCUGUCAUGUUCGACAAUGCCAUUGAGAAGGCCGGCCAGCUCACCAGCGAGCAGGAUACCCUGACCCUCAUCACUGCUGACCAUUCCCAUGUCUUCUCCUUUGGGGGCUAUACCCUACGCGGGACCUCCAUCUUCGGCCUGGCCCCUUCCUUGGCCUCAGAUGCUAAAAACUAUACUUCUAUCCUUUACGGAAAUGGCCCCGGCUACCCGAAGAACUCUAGCAGGCCUGAUGUCAGUGACAGUGAGAUCCGUGACCCUGGUUACCGGCAGCAGGCAGCCGUACCCUUGUCCUCAGAGACGCACGGCGGCGAGGAUGUGGCAGUGUUCGCACGAGGCCCACAGGCGCACCUCAUGCACGGCGUGCAGGAGCAGAGCUACGUGGCGCACCUCAUGGCGUUCGCGGGCUGCCUGGAGCCCUACACUGCCUGCGGCCUGCAGCAGCCCAUCACAACAGCUGCUGCCCCCAACACUGUGCUGCCUUCCCUGCCACUGCUGGCUGGGACUGUGCUGCUCCUGCUGGGGGCCAGCGCUGGGCCCUGAUCCAGUCCAUGCUGGACCCCUGAGGCAGGAGUGUCCUCCCAGUCACCCACUCUGGGUCCUGAAGACACACCCUACCUUGUCAUCUGCUGGCCUCUGUCAGAAGCACAUCUCCACACCUGCAGAGACAUCCCUGGAGGCACUGGCUGCAGGGCUCCCUGCUUUCUCCUGCCUACAGACCAGGGCUGCACUGGGCUGUGCUGGAGUGCGCCCUCCAACAUCGAUCCGACCUCCGCACUGUGCCCCGUGUCCGUCGGAAUGGCUCUGCCGUUCUGCUCCCAGACCACAGUUGCCUGCACUCCAGCACAGGGGAGAGCUCAGACUGGCCACCCUGCACCCCAUCUGCAGCCCCAGGGUCCUUCCAAGGACUGGACUUGGCUCACCUCCUGGCGCUGGGACUGGACCCUGAUAUAGAAUCACAGAUUCCCUGGC